GGAAGACUUUAAGCAUCAUCAGUCUAUCCUCCACCCCAUCUAUUCUAAGCUUAACGGGACCUGUGCCCUACCAGUCAUACCGGUCUCGAUUCUCUUUUGACUCAUCACGUUCUUGCUGACACACUUCAAAGGGACGAGGACGCUCGCUCACCCUUCAACUCGCUGACCCCAACAGACAGGGGUGGGCUGUCAAGGUGUAUAUAAAACCUAACGGAUUCUGGUCAUGUACAGUGCCAUUUCGUCUGCUCGUACGACUUCACGUCGCAGAUUACGUCACUUUAUAUAAGAAAAAUGUUUAAAAGUUUGAUUUUUGCUCUCGCUAUUACAGUUCUGGCUGUUGCUUUACCUAGGGUAAAACGUGCAGCAUAUGAAUUGCCAGAUGGAGCAGAGUUGAUAGUAGGAAGCAUCAAGACGUCAUUCAGUUGCAAUGGUUUAGGAUACGGUUAUUACGCCGAUGUCGAUAACAAUUGCCAAAUUUUCCACGUCUGUAACCCCAUAGAGCAUCCGGAUGGAACUCAGGAAGUAGAGCAAUACAGUUUCUUCUGUGGCAACCAGACCGUUUUCAAUCAGGGAAGUUUAACCUGUGCUGAUCCAGACUUUGCAGUCCCUUGCAAUCAAGCACAGAGCUUCUUCGAUCUCAAUAAUAGAAUCGGAGAUCCAAAGGCAUACUUCUUAGAAGAUUCAGACGUUCAAAGAAUCAACCAGGCCAUCGAAUCUCAAAGAGGACGUCGAUGAUCUCAAUAUGGCAAUUUUACUGGAUCCUUGUUUGUCGUGAUGGACUGUAUAUCCAGCAAACAAUAACGAGUCAAUAUUAACUGCAUUCUGUAAGUAAUCACAGCGCAUAACAGCAUCAAAACUCAUAAAAAAUAUAUAUAUAAAUAUAUUAAAAAAAAAAAAAUGUAUUGUCCUCGGAAUGUCCUUGUCGAAGCAUUUUAGUGGGAUUGCCCAUCCCUUUCCUGUCCAAUUUUUUGGUGGUAAGACACGUUUACCAGGAGACUCACGAAGUCGGCUUGGGUGAAAGCCUAUUGCUUUCCAUGUUGUGCACAUUUGUGAGACUGCA